GACGGGGAGAGGGGCGGUUUGGAAGCACAGAGGGACCGACGGAUCCUCCCUCCCCCAGAGCGCCUGUUCCGCUGCCGUUUCACCACCUCCCGCGCCUCGCGCCGGCCCAGCGCCGGCAGGAAGCUGGUCCUGCUCCGGGGCCGCUUCCAGGCUCCCCCCGGACCCCCCGGAGCCUCCCCGGGGCUCUUCGUCGCCUUCUGUGCCCCCCUGGACCCCCCGCCCUGGCCCUGCCCCGACUGCCUCCUCCUGCCCGCCUUCCAGAGCCGCCACGCCCGGGACCUCGCCCUGCUCGACAUCUCCGACAGCGUCCUGAUCCACCUGGGAUACGGGCGGGGGGAGCUCCUGGGCCGCUCCUGGUACCGCCUCCUGCACCCCGAGGACCUCGGCCACGUCGCCCGCCAGCACCUGCGCCUCGCGGGCGCGGGGCCGGAGGCGCGGGGGGAGCUGGUGACGCGGCUGCAGCGCAAGGACGGGCUGGGCUGGACGUGGGUCUACGCCCGCCUGCGCCCCGAGGGCCCGGCCCUGCUCGCCCACAACUUCGUCAUCAGCGAGGCCGAGGCCUGGUGUCUGCGGCAGCAACUGGCGGCCGAGGCCCCCCCGGGACCCCCCGAGCCCUUCGGCCCCGGACUCGACUUCCCCGGUGCCGACCUCGGAGCGGGCGGGGACCUCGGAACCGGGCCCGGUGUCGGAUCCGGCGUCGACCUGAGCGUCGGAUCCGGGCUCGGAGAUGACGUCGGAGCGAACGUCGGCGUCGGCGUCAGCCUUGGCCUCGGGGUCAGCGUCGGGUGUGGCCUCGGAGCCGACGUCGGACACGGCCUCGGAGCUGCUCUCGGGGCUGACGUGGACCCCGGGCUUGGAGCUGGUGUUGGGCCCGGUCUUGGAGCCAACAUGGGACCCGGGCUCGGAGCCGCCAUCGGGCACGGCCUCGGAGGCAACGCCGGGGCCAACGUUGACCCUGGGCUCGGGGCCGGUGUCGGACCGACCGUUGGACACGGUCUUGGAGACGCCGUCGGACACAGUCUCAGCUCUGACGUCAGCCUUGGUGUGGGAACCGGCAUCAGAGUGGACGUCGGCCUCGGGGUCGCCACCAGCACCGAUGUUGGUCCCACCCUCGGGGCCGAUAUUGGAGCCGCCCUCGGAGCCGGUGCUGGAGAUGACGUCGGAACCGCGCUCCAAGCCACCAGCGCGGCAGAGGUCGGGCCCGGCAUUGGAGCCGGCGUCGCGCUCAGCGUCGGGGCCAACAUCGGGCCCGGCCUCGGGGGCGGCGUCAGAGCCAGCGUCGGGCUCGGCAUUGGGGCCGUCGGCCCCACUCUGCCCUCUGAUGUCAGCGCCGGCGUCGGACUCACCGUCGGUGCCGGCGCCGGGGCCGGAGUCGGCGCCGGGGUUGGACUCGGCCUUGGAGCUGCUCUUGGAGCCAACGUUGCCUCCACUCUUCCAUCUGGUGUUGGGCCUGGCGUUGGACUUGCCGUCGGAGCUGCCGUUGGAGCCAAUGUUGGCUCUGGUCUUGGAUCUGGUGUUGGACUUGCCGUCGGAGCCGGUGUUGGAUCCAGUCUUGGAUCUGGUGUUGGACUUGCUGUCGGAGCUGGCGUUGGUUCCAAUCUUGGAUCCAGUGUUGGACUUGCUGUUGGAGCCGGUGUUGGCUCCGGUCUUGGAUCUGGUGUUGGACUUGCCGUUGGAGCCGGUGUUGGCUCCGGUCUUGGAUCCGGAGUUGGACUUGCCGUCGGAGCCAUUGGUGCUGCUCUUGGAUCCGAUCUGGACAUUGGACUUGGCGUCGGAGCCACCGUUGGUGCUACAAUCACGUCUGAUGUCGGCCCCGCCAUCGGGCUCGGCCUCGGAGCCAACGUGGGUUCCGCCAUCGGCUCCGCCCCCACAUCGGACGUCGGUGCCGGCGUCGGACUCUCCGCUGGAGCCGCCGGCGGCUCCGGGCUCGGAUCUACCCUUGGAUUUGCCGUCGGAGCCGCGCUCGGAGCCAACGUUUGCCCCGGGCUCGGGCCCGACGUUGGUGCCGGCGUCGACUCCGCUCUUGGCGACGCCGGCAUCGGACUCGGAGCCAACGUCGGGUCCGGCGUCGGAUCCACCCUCGGACUCGGUGCCGGAGCCGCCGUCGGAGCCUCCUCCGCCCUCGGUUCCGCCCUCGCCCUCGGCACCGGCGUCGACCCGACCCUCGGACCCGGCCUCGGCCUCGGCGCCGACGUCGGCACCGCCCUGGGCACCGGCCUCGCCCUCGGCGCCAACCUGGGCCCCGGCGUCCGCCUGGCGCCGGGCCUGGGGGUCCCCGAGACCCCCGGGGGGGCC